AUGGCGACAGGCGGUGGUGAAACCGCACCAAAUACAGAAGGACAUGCGUCUAAUUUCGUCCAGUCCACUGGUGGGAGAAACGCUACUGGGGUGGCUCUGGUUGUUCCACCGAGUUCCCCACCGUCUGCGGGCCUCCAUCGGGAGCCCAUAUACAACUGGCAAGCCACGAAGAGUUCCGUUAAAGAGCGCUUCGCUUUCCUAUUCAAUAACGAACUGCUGAGCGACGUGAAAUUUGUGGUUGGUAAGGGUAGACAGGCUCAAAGAAUACCAGCACAUAAGUUUGUAUUGGCUGCUGGAAGUGCUGUGUUUGAUGCGAUGUUUAACGGAGGCAUGGCUACGACGUCUGCUGAGAUCGAGCUCCCUGAUGUUGAGCCGGCUGCGUUUCUCGCUCUGCUCAGGUUUCUGUACUCUGACGAAGUGCACAUCGGUCCUGAGACGGUCAUGACAACUCUUUAUACCGCCAAAAAGUAUGCCGUCCCCGCGCUCGAGGCGCACUGUGUGGAGUUUCUCACCAAGCAUCUCAGGGCAGACAAUGCAUUCAUGCUUCUCACUCAGGCCAGACUGUUCGAUGAGCCUCAGCUUGCCAGUCUCUGUUUAGAUACGAUAGACAAGAGCACAGCGGAUGCCAUCAACGCAGAGGGAUUCACAGACAUCGAUUUGGACACACUGUGUGCGGUGUUGGAGAGGGACACUUUGGGGAUUCGGGAAAGUCGUUUGUUUGGAGCUGUCGUUCGCUGGGCUGACGCAGAAUGUUACCGACAGCAGCUUCCGCUCACGUCUGAAAACAAACAGAAAGUUCUGGGGAAAGCCCUGUCCCUGAUCCGUUUCCCUCUGAUGACCGUGGAGGAGUUCGCUGCAGGGCCUGCUCAGACUGGGAUUUUGUUCGAUCGGGAGGUGGUAAAUCUGUUUUUACACUUUACAGUAAACCCCAAACCUCGCGUUGACUACAUUGACAGACCCAGGUGUUGUCUGAGGGGAAAGGAAUGCAGCAUCAAUCGCUUCCAGCAGGUUGAGAGUCGCUGGGGUUACAGUGGAACCAGUGACCGAAUUCGGUUUAAUGUAAACAGACGCAUAUCUGUGGUGGGCUUUGGAUUGUAUGGCUCAAUUCAUGGACCAACAGAUUAUCAAGUCAACAUACAAAUUAUUGAGAGUGAUAAAAACCAAAUACUUGCUCAGAACGAUACGGGAUUCAGUUGUGAUGGGACAGCGAAUACAUUCAGAGUCAUGUUUAAAGAGGCGGUGGAAAUUUUACCCAACGUCAGCUACACGGCCUGUGCAACGCUAAAGGGUCCAGAUUCUCACUACGGCACGAAGGGAUUAAAGAAAGUGGCGCGUGAAACCACAGCAGGGACCAAGACGACUUUUUUCUUCUGGAGUUCACCAGGGAAUAAUAACGGUACAUCCGUGGAAGACGGACAGAUACCAGAAAUCAUAUUCUAUACCUAAAAUAGGGUAUUCGUCUGUCAAGGUGAGACUGUUAACGAAAAAACUGGACACAGCGGCGACAGUGCCACAUAUCCAGGACCUGACACAAAGAGAGAAGGCAUCACGGACAGGUGGCGUUUUUUCGGUCGUUGCUGUUUUUUGUACUUUUAGUUUGGUUUGUUAUUUACGACUGUAACCUCCUUGAUUCUGAUUACGCUGGUGAGUGAGUACGCGUUGCCUUACGUAGGUCAGUUUGACGGUGUUCUGUCCAGUUGUGCUACCUGACGAUAUGUGCUACCUAGAGCACAGUCUUGGGAUAUGCUUGGGUUAGGUUUGGGGGCGGGGUUAGACCCUGCUAUCGAUUCGCCCCGUGGUAGAAUUUCUCGACAAAGUAGCACAACUCGUCAGAACAACGGAUAAAUCCUUCGGUGUUCAUGUCAUUAGUCUGUAAUCGUCUCUAGGAGCUUCGAAGUCAUGCAUGUUUAUGUAAAUAU